UUUGUUUUCAAGAAGGAAAGAAAGAAAGAAAGAAAAAGAGAGAAAUAUGAACAGCUUCCGAUGCUGUCGUCUCGCUCGCUCUCUCUCUUUCUCUACGGCACUCGUUUCUAGAAACGCCGCUCGGACUUCGCAGGGGUUUUGGUUUCCGUCACAAUGCCGAGGCCGCGGCGGCUCCACGACGACUCCGACGCAAUCCCCGGUGAGGGCCUCCGAUGCCGGAGGACGGACGGCCGCAAAUGGCGCUGCUCCAUGCGCGCCAUGGACGGCGUCACCUUCUGCGAGCACCACUACAACUUGACCCGCCGUAACUUGGCCAAGCACAAGGGCGGGCCCGCCGCGGCGCAAGAAUCCGAUUGGGAGUCGCCGGAGCCGCCCGAUCCUCCGGCGAGGAAGCGCACCAGGAAGGGGGCUUCCCCGACCGAGGAGACGAUCACGGCCGCGCUGAAGCGGCGGAUGGAUCGGAAGGGGGAGAGGGAAAAGAGGCGGAGGGGGGAGGCCCGGACGACGAGGGUUCUUCCUAAUGGGUUGAUGACCAUCGCGUCGUCUCCGGUGGGUGGUCCCGGCAAUGAGGGCUCCCCUUUGGAUCGGAAGCUAGGGUUUGAUGAGGACUGCUCGCUCACCAGGCGGUGCAUUCGAUCCAAGAACGCGGAGCCGAUUCCCGUGGGCCCAUUAAAGAAAUUAACUUGUGGAAAGGGUUUGGGGAGGGGGAGGAAGUGGAUAUGCCACAGAUGUGGGGAGAAGAAGGUGGCAAGGAUGGUUCGAUGUUUAAGUUGCAGGAAGAGGUUCUUCUGCUCUCGCUGCAUAAAGAAACAGUACUCUGAGAUGUCUGAAGUGGAGGUCAAGAUCGCCUGUCCUGUUUGUCGUGGGUGUUGUGAUUGUAAGACAUGUUCUCAUAUCGGAGCUAAAGAUGGUGGAUGUAAGGAACUUGCACAUGAUCACAAGAAGUUUAAUGAAAUCGAGCAUGCUUAUAACUUGAUUUCUCACCUUCUCCCAUUGCUGAAGCAGAUCUAUCAAAAGCAGUUAAAUGAGCUGGAAUUUGAGGUUCCAGACCAAGGGAGAAGAUUUUCUGGCAUUCAACUCCAAGUCAAUCAGGCUCAGAACGAGCUUGUUAAAUGCAAUUGCUGCAGGACUUCACUUGUUGAUUUUCACAGAAGCUGCUCAAAAUGUUCUUAUAGACUUUGCUUAAGUUGUAGAAAGAUACCGAAAGGAAGCUUUCCUCAGACGACUUCAACUGAUGCCUUCAAGUAUGGUGAGAGUAAUAAAGCACAUAAGCGUGUUGCUAAGGAACUUAAUGGGAUGAAACGGAUACUCUCCACUGGUAUGCGACCUGACAACUCAUAUUUAUCCAUGGUACCUGAAAGCAAAGAGAACAGUGAGAGCAGCAUUUUGUGCCCACCCAAGGAGUUUGGUGGAUGUGGUGAUGGUCUUCUAAAUCUAGUUUUCACCGUGCCAUUUAAUUGGUCUAAUGAUCUGGGUAGAUCUGCAGAAGAAGUUGCUUUUAGUAACUUUGGUUCUCACAGUUUACAUGCUUAUCCUCAUCGUACAUCUUCAGUCCCUGAAAACCAGAAGAUUGGGCAAUUCAGUAUAAGUUUGCAAGAAGCCAUGGAUAGGAAAAAUAUAGUUCGAGAACUGUUUUAUUUAUGCCCACACUUACGUCGACCCAGAAUCAACAUAUAUGAGAUUAUGACAAGCCUGCCGCGCGCAUCAUGUUGUGUUUUGUGACUGAUUGAGUGACUGCCAUGCUCCCCACCGGCUUGACGAAUGAGAGAAGUUCAGCAUGUGUCGCUGCCACCUGACAAUUUGAAGCUGCUACAUGGUAAGUAAUGUAUUUUUCUUUUUUUUGUCU